GGGUUGGUGCUGCUCGUCAGGAGUCUUCCAAGUUUAUCCUUCACUGCAAACUACAAAAAUGACCAACAAGGCGACUCCUCUUCUCCUCAAAGCGCUGCGGGAGGUAUCUGAAGCCCACUCCUCAAAGGUUGUGCGGGGAAACACUAAAAGAGCAAAUUUCAGUGUCUUAAGCUCUUGUGGGGUCCUGGCAGCAAGAAGGGCCAGCCUCCAGUUCUGCACCCCCCUGAGCACACCAAGCCGAAGCUUUAUCAACCUGGCAGCUCCCAUCACCAACCGCAGGAUGGAGUAUACUGAGUGCCGGACAUUAGGGUACACUGCAGAGCAGAUGUACAGUGUGGUGGCCAGCGUGAACCAGUACCAACACUUUGUUCCCUGGUGUAAGAAGUCUCGGGUCUUGAGGGCGCGAAACGGUGGCUUCCUGGCAGAGCUGGAAAUAGGUUUCCCCCCUCUUGUUGAGCGAUAUAUCUCUGAGGUCACUGUCGUUCCAAACCACCAAGUCAGGGCUGUAUGUACUGACGGAUCCCUCUUCAGCCAUCUUGAAACAAUAUGGAGGUUUUCCCCUGGAGACAGAAACCUACCAGACUCCUGCAAAGUAGAAUUCUAUGUAUCAUUUGAGUUCAAGUCUCUUCUGCACUCUCAACUGGCCAGCGUUUUCUUCGAUGAAGUGGUUAAGCAGAUGGUCAGUGCCUUUGAGUCACAGGCAGCAAGACUUUACGUAAACCAGGAGGAGGUACCGAUGAGGAGACGGUCAGCAUGAAGCGACACCUUUGACCUUGCAUGAAUCCAAGUGCUCUUGGAACCCUCCCAGUCCACCGCUUUACCUACUAUCAACACUUGUCUUACGGAGGACACUGGAUCUUCUCUUUGCGCUCACUCACAGCUUUCUCUUGACACGCACAAGGAAUACACUUAAAACUAUUUAUAUGUAAACCACAGAAUAAUUUAUUUACUUUGCUCUACAUUUAUUUAUUUUAUGGAUAAAGUAAAUUCAUAGUUUUAAAACUCAUAUGGACACUUUGUAAAAGUGUGGGUUAAUGUUCAAAAGUGGCUCCUACUGAAGCCUCAUGUGGCUGAAGGUCUCUUCCUAUGCAGUGUUUGUGAGUGGAAUUUAAAAAAAAAAGUGGUAUUUUGGUAAACACAUUUUCAUGUGUAAUAUACUGAAUUUACUUAUAUGUAUUUUUUUUUUUUAUGAUUUUUUUUUUUUUAGCUACUGAGCAAUAUCUGAUACAAAUUUCCAGUGUAGUGGAAUAUCUGAAACUGCUUACUCAUUGUUGUGUUUGGGUGAGCAUUCGGGAUGGACAGAUACCAGCAUCAACCUUGGUGGCUGAUAUUGGUGUACUGGUAAACAAGGUGAUAAUUACAGUGUUGACCAAUGUUUAUCAGCUGUUUUGUCAAUUUUGCAUGAGCUCAAAGACAGAGCGUCAAAUGCAGAGGCUAUAAUGUAAGUUCUUUAUACAACACACGGAAAUGAAGGUCUCUUUCUGAAAUGUAGCUGUAGCUGACCCCCCCACCCCCAAGUUAGACUAUGUGUGGGAGUGUUUACAAAGCUGGGUCUGUUUGUUCCUCUCUUUUGCACCUGUCCUAUGACAUGUAAAAAGUGGAUUUUUCAGUUACCUGUAACAUGUGCUGGCUUUUUUGAUAACAAGCUCCUUGUCCCUCUGUAGUGUGCUUUUCCAAACUUUCCAAAAAAAUUUCAUUCCUUUCAAUAAAGGACAGUUUUUCUGCCUUGUCCAUUUUAAAUUAGCCUUUUCUUUGCAUUUAAGAGUUUACAUUUUGGGUAUAAAGUAUAUUCUUUAUCUGACAGUGGUUUUUCCACAAGUGGUCCUGAGUCUGUGCAAUAAUUUCAACUACAGUGCCACCUCAAGACCGUCAAUACUAGUUUUCAGCAGUGUCCCCCGUGUCCAGAAAUUUGUCUUGAUUGUCAGAAUCUUUUAAUAAUGAGCUGUAACAUGGAUGAGGAAAUCCUCAAGUUCAUUGGAAUUUUAUUUUGAGAAAUGUUUGUCUGAAGUGGUUGACCUAUUUCCUCAUGCAACCAUGCAUAAUGUGAUGAACCCCUCUGUCUUUAUUUCCUUAAGUCUCAGGCUAUCAGUAAUGCUCAUUUAUUACCCUUUAAUCUUGUCCUGCCUGUGUAUUUUAUAACAUUACACAUUUGUCUUUUUUUUUUUUCCCAAUUCUAAUUUUUGAAAAUGUGUUGCUGGAUAUGUUUCAGAUUUC